UGCCGCCGUGCCGCACGCAUGCACGCGCCGUCGCGAACCCGCGAGUGACAGUGACCAGUGUGAAGAGUGAACAGUGAACGAGUGUGUUAUGAGUGUGUGAAGUGAAAGAGCUCGCCAAGCUGUACGCCAAGCUGUACGCACCACGAGCAGACGACAUGUUGACGAUGGAGUCGGACCUCAAGGGAGGCAGCCUGCACGCCACGGUGCCCCCGCACCACGCGCUGCACGUGCAUGGCCACCACCCGUCCUCGUACCUGGGGCACAUGCACAUGUCGUCCCAGCAGCCGCAGCAGCCGCAGCAGCCCCAGCAGGCCCACGCUGUGCAGUCGCCACCGCUGUCGCCGCCACUGCAGCACCAGCACCAGCACACCAUGGCGCAGAUGGGCCACCAGGGCCACCAGCACCACGUCCAGCCCUCGCACAGCCCGCUGGGCCACCACAGCCCCCUGGGCCACCAGAGCCCCCUGCAGAGCCCCAUCGGCCACCACAGCCCCCUUCACCAGAGCCCCCUCGGGGGCCACCAGCUGCAGCAGCACCAGCACGGCCUGGGGCACCCGCAGCAGCAACAACACCACCACCAGGCGCCGCCGCAGACCCAGCACCACGGCCAGCACCCGACCAACAACAACAACAACACCUCCAAGGCGAACCAGAACAUCGACCGCGUCAAGCGGCCCAUGAACGCCUUCAUGGUGUGGUCGCGCGGCCAGCGGCGCAAGAUGGCGCAGGACAACCCCAAGAUGCACAACUCGGAGAUCUCCAAGCGGCUGGGUGCCGAGUGGAAGCUGCUAUCCGAGACGGACAAGAGGCCCUUCAUCGACGAGGCCAAGCGGCUGCGCGCCGUGCACAUGAAGGAGCACCCCGACUACAAGUACCGGCCGCGGCGCAAGACGAAGACGCUCCUCAAGAAGGACAAGUACCCCCUCGGCGGCGGCCCCCUGCUGCCCGGCGGCCAGGACCCCGGACGGACGGUGCCCGGCGGCCAGCAGGGCGGUCGGGACAUGUACCCCAGCCUGACCAACGGGUACAUGCCCAACGGCUACAUGAUGCCCACCGACCCCAGCGGCUACCAGCAGCACUACGGCUACCCGCGGUACGACAUGAGCCAGAUGCAGCACAACUCCCUCAACUACAUGAACGGCUCGUCGUACGGCAUGUACUCGUCGCCCACCACGGUCCCCGGGCCGGCGGGCUCCCCCUACCAAAUGCAGCAGCCCGGCUCGCAGAUGUCGUCCUCGCAUAGCCCCAGCGGCAGCAGCAUCAAGUCUGAACCCGUGUCGCCGUCCCCGGGGCCCAGCCCCGUGGUCGUGAAGCGCGAGUACACCGGCGGCCCGCCCGGAGGACCCCCUACGCCGGGCGGCGGCACCCCCACCGGCGACCUCAACCGGUUCAUCUCCAUGUACCACCUCCCCGACCCCGAGCAGCAGAGGCUGCAGCAAAUGCAGCAGCAGUACAGCCAGCACGCGCAGCAGCAGGAGCACAUGGGCUUGUCGCACAUGUAGGACCUCGCCCUCGGGUCGUGCCAGUACGAGAAGCAGUACGGCAUGCCCGAGUGCUGAAAGUGCUAAAAGUGCCAUCCAUCCAUCGGACUCGCUGUGGAGCCACCCCUUGUUUACCCCUCCCCCCUUGCUUAUUUGUUAAGGCCGAGACUGUGAUGUGUGCUAAGUUUAAGUUAGGACGUUGUGUUCCAUUAAGUUUGAGUGUUUUAUUAUUAUCGGUGGUCCUCGUUGUGUUUUCUUCUUUUUUGGUGAUGACGUUGACGUAGCGCGCGGAAGGCUGUGUCUAGUCGCGGCUGGCUACACUGUGAGUGAGUCCUUGUUGCCUUUUUCGAAUGGUUUCAUUCUGUUUUUUAAAGUGAGAAAGUAAAAAAAUCGUUUUGUUUUGAAAGCAAGUACUUCUUGUUCAUGUUCAUUCAAUUUUUAGAUUGCUUUUUUAGAACACGUUAUUGAUUCGUAUUAUGAUUCUUAUUAAAACUCAGUCAUUGUUCGAGUCACUUUUUUAAUUCACAAAGAGAGAGUGAGAGAGAGAGGAUGCGUGCGUGUUUGUGUGAGAGUGCGAUGAGUUGUCAACCAGUGAUUAUUAUUACUCUUGGGUACAGUCCGUUGUUUCGUUCUGUUGAUUUCCUUGUAUGAACUAGGCGCAAUAUUAUCAAGAUUCAGAUGGACAGUUUGUUUAAGUUAGGGAUAUUCUAAGACUGUUGAGUUACGUGCUUAAAUCCUAGUUUCGGUAGUUCUCGCCCGCUGCUGGUAUCCGGUGGGCUGAUCUUUGCGCGCUCCGAAAGGGCGACAUUUUUUUUGUCUUUUUUUUAAACUAAAAGAAUCUUUGCCGCGAUAGUUGUUGAUCUCAUUGUUGGUUGUUCCUGUGCCAAAUUUCGCGCGUUAUGUUUUAACCUUUACCGCUACCGAGCGCGCUAAGACCAGCCCUCCCCGCCCCGCCCCGCCCCGCCCCAGCGCUUUGGGUACUCAAUUCGCGUGACCGCCACUCGCGUCACGACCUGCGCAGCGCGACGUCGGGCGACGGUCACGCCUUGUCACUUUUCGUCACGUCUCGUCACGUCUCGUCACGUCUCGUCACGGAACGCCCCGCCGCGCCGCGCGUCUUGAGGGCCUCCCCCGGAGACACGCACGCACGGCGCGGCCCGGGCGUUCUCCAAGGCGUUCUCCAUGGCGUUCUCCAAGGCGUUCGCCGCGACGCCGUAGACCGAAUUCCCUCCAAACCGCGGUGUGAACCAAGGGCCGUCCCUAGAACCCGGCCGCGCCGACGCUUUAGUGAUAAUUUAGUGAAAGCGCGUGGCUGGGCCGGGCCAUCACAGUGUGUGUGCCGCCCGGCCAGCCCGGCGAACUCUAGGAUAAUCGUAAUUGUGGUAUUUUUAAUUUUAAGGGCAGUCAUAAAAUAGGACGGGCACAGCGCUGAUACGGCUGCGAUUCUAUUUUUGAUAUGGAUGAAAGUUCCCGGUGAUUCUCAAACUUUUGUCAGAGGCUGUUUUGUGUUUUAGUUUUUAGUGGCGCGACCGCGAGUUCGCCGCCCGUUCACACCGCAGUUUGAUUUCCCACGCGUUGUUUUGACUUUUUCUUAGUUUUCCGUUCUUCCGGAGCGUGCCACGGCCCGGCGCGUCCGCCGUGCGUCCCUUGUCCGUCUCGUUCCCGCUCAUUUGACUUCGCGAUGGGCGCGAACGAGACAGAGAGCGUUCGGCCGACGUCCGAGGACUUCCUGGCCGCGACUGGUUGUGCUCCCAAAGCGCUGGGAUUCUUUUCCCUGCAACGGUCGGGGGGCGGUGCUCUUGAGGGUGCCGUCGGCCUGCCCGGGGCGGGGCGGGGCGGGGCGGGGCGGGGUACCGGCGGUGGAGGCAGUCGGAGGUCGAAGGGUGACCAAGGCCGCCCCCUGCGGUCCAACUGGUCGAACCCCUGCAGUGAGCCUGCAGGCCGACAUGUAUACGUGUUUCAUCUCGCCUUCAAGCCGCCAACUUGUUUUCAAUUUUUGAUUGUUUUUCGUCAAUUCGUUCAGUUGGUUCAUAUCUUGUUAUAGCCCACCGAUAGUGAGUACGCAUGCAAGUGAUGACUGUGACGGCAAGGGUGACGCCAAAAUGAGUACCACUAGGCGAGUGUUUUGGUUCGUUUAUAUUAGUACAACUCGUCCUCCUGGGCGACACCAAUGAGUUGUCGUGCUCAAACUGAUGGGCUGUAAGUGGUAUGUAAAUAAGAAUUUAUUUUAGAUUUAUACAUAUAUAAAUAUAUAAAUAUAUAUUGAUUUCCAUCUCUUAGCAAGGUUUUCUGUAAUCUAUUUGAAGACUGUUCAUACACUUUCGAUUGUAUAUAACAUAUGUACAUAAGUGAAAAUUGUUAGCAUUGUGGGACUAUAAAUUCUUUUAUUGUGAAAGUUUGGAGCUUAUGUGAGAGAAACCCCAGUCAUAUGUAUAUAUGUAAAUGUGGUCAAUGUGAAAAUUUGUUGGCCUGUAUUGAACAAAGUUUAUUAUUUAUGGCACGAUCUCUGUUCAAUGUUUCCAUUUUCAAACCAUUUUCAAUCAAGACGACAUGAACAUAAUAAAAAAAAAGUUUGAAGUCUGUA